AUGUAUGACAACAUCUCUGAUUUCACAAGAUAUGAUGACGACCAUGACCCCGAACACGGUGAAGAAGAAGUUUUACAAACAUCCAUUAAGACAGGAAAGGUUUUAACUCAAAGUCUCAUUAUUGACACCAAAGAUGGCGAAGUGGACGUUCUUCAAGAGCUGAAGAAAAAUACUUCUUCGGGAGGUGGUGGUAGGCAUGAACUUGAAAUAAAUGAGAUAGAAGAGAAAUUAGCCGAAAAAGCAGAUAAAAACCAUGUUCAUUAUAUAAGUUCAGACGAACAGAUUAUAACGGACUACCAUGGAUAUUUAACACAGGAUGAACAAAUAAGCACUGAAGAUGUUAAUGAAAGAAGAUAUAGAUUCAUUCGUGCUAAAGGUUAUGACAUAUACUGUACUGUACAGUAUGACACAGGUAAAGCACCAGAAGCAUUUGGUUAUAACAAUGAAAUUUAUGCCUCUAGUUUCUUUGUUAACGGUGUAUUAGUUGAACCAAGAUUUACUUUGAGAGUUAAGGCAAAAAUAACUUUUGAAGAUGCUAUUAAAAGUAAAGCCAGCAAAGAUGAACUUGAAGCAAUGAACAAAGUUUUGAAAUCUCAUAAACACAAUAUCUCCGAUAUAAAUGAACUUCAAGCUACAUUAAAUAGUAAAGCUGACAAGAACCAUACACAUGAAUCCUUCACUACUGUUAGAGCAGACGACAUAAUAUUGAACUAUACCUUGGUUCAAGUGCACCUUUAG